UGAAAUUACUCAAAUGUCUCAUCAGAUCGUGUCAACAAGUGCAAGUCCAUUGUUGUAUUCGAUGUCAUCAGCUGAUAAAAACUGAUUUCCUGUGUUUUCAAUUGCACUAUCGAGAUUAAAAGUUGAAAAUGUACGGUCAGGACCAGGGGCCAGACAUCCCAGCUGCAUUGGCGACGUUGAAUCACCUCAGUAACGCUGACCUGGGGGAAAUAUUGAACGAUGACGGGAGGUUCGAGGAAAUUGUCAAAGACAUCAAACAGUUCAAAGAUUUGGAAUCUGAGAAGGAAGUUCUGAUUGCUGGAAACCGUUCACUGGCUGAGGUCAAUCUGGCGAAGCAACCUCAACUGGAGGAGAAUAAGAAAGCACUCCAGGAACUUUCAGAGAAAGGCUGUGAACUUUGUACUAGUGUCCAGGAAAAAAUUACGGAAUUAAAGGAAAAAUCUGGAGCAACAUCAGUUGAAUCAGCCCUGGAACUGCUUCAAGCUGCUGCUGCAGAAAUUGAAGAAGAAUCCGAGAAAAUAGCAGAGAAAUUCCUGUCAGGAGACACAGAAGUCGACGAAUUUCUCGACCAGUUCCUGACCCGAAGAAAGAUAAUGCAUUUACGAAAGGUGAAGGUAGACAAGAUGCGAGAACUGAAGAGAAAACCAACGUCGAGAUCCUCAACGGGUCCUGGUUACCCUCCACCCAGUAACUUUCCAUCACCGAAAUUUCUCAUGUUUCCAGAACGUUUGAGAAUCAAAGUAAUUCCCACAAUAGCCCUCAUCUCAGACAGCAAGACAAAAGACUACAUCGUUGGCUUCACAGACUUGGGAAACUGCGACGAUUUCUCCACAGAGAUGAUGGAAUGGAGGAUUGCCCAGUCUGGAGCGAUAUCAUACACUGGCGACCUGUUGAACCCACCGGAAAAGGGAAAGAAAUCCUCGAACCUACUCGUUGGAAACAAGAAGUCAAAGACCAUUCGAGGGAGAACAAAUUCCGACGACAGUGGCUCUGACGACGAAUGAUCCCUUCCCACUGUAUUCUUCUAAUUAUUCUCAAGCACUUUAUAUUUUUCAUUUUUUUACCAUUAGCACGCUUAAACUAUAAAUCAUAAGUAAAAUCAAUAGGAAACUUCCCAUGUUGAAAAUUUAAUAGAGAAGAAUAUUGAUUACUUUUAGGUAAUGAUAAUAAAUAAGAUUUAGGAAUUUGGUCACAAAUUAUUCAAAUUUAACUUCCCAUCUUGAAAAUUUAAUAAAGAAGAAUAUUAUAUUGAUUACAUUCAGUCAUAAAUUACUCAAAUUUAUUAGUUCUCCAUUCAUCAUAAAUACCUUCCAUCCUUCAUACCAAAUAGAAAAAAAGAGGUAUAAAAAUUAAUGUGCGUUCCACAUACCCCUUCGCCGGAAUCUUACGGAAUGUUACCACUUUUAUAUGACCAGCACAUAGAAGUUAAUCAACAGUUUCUUUACGAAAAACGCAAUUUACGGAUUGAAUUGAUCCACUCGUGGAGCUCCUAGAGUUUAUUACCAUGCACUGAAAAAAUCACGAAACAUUGGAUUCUGUUAAAAUUCUGUUUAAUAAAUCUGUCUAGGAUAUUGAGCAUGUA